CGUCUUUUGCUGUUUCGUUCUUCUGAGGAACGUCUUCCUUUUCAUCUCAGAAAAUGCAGAUUUCUGCUGUUUGAUUAGGUUUUUUUUUUCGAUCUCGGUCUGCCCAGAAAACCGUAUUGCGAGUUUUCCAUUUUUAGUAGGUUUUUCGGUGUGACCGUAUUGUAGAAACUAGUAGUUUUUUUGUUUUUGGAUGCGCGGAUGGUUCUGGUUUUCGAUUCUCUGAAAUUGACGGCACUCUUGGUUUCGUAGCGCUUAGAUGGUUUUUAUCUCAGAUCCGUGUACAUUGGGGUUGUGGUUCCCUUAGUUUGUCUUGAACCUUAUGGAUGAAUAAGGCUACUCAUCGUGCUGAGAGUAGAAUACUGACGUUUUAUUUCUCUGAUGAGUUUAUCAACAGGUGUAAAGCAAGAAGCUGUACUGUGGUGUCUUUAGGGAGCUUUUCACUUCUAACGUGUUUUUAACAGCUUGACAUCAGAAAGGAAGUAGCUGCAUAGAAGGCUUUGGUGGAGAUACUUAAAACAAUAAGGUUGGACAAACUGGAUUCGAGAUGGCACGACAAAAGGAUCUUGGUUGGCAAUAUUGUUCAAGAAUCUCCGAGACUGAUAGGACAUUUGUACGUUGCAAUUUUUGUCAACGAGAAAUACAUGGUGGGAUAAGUAGAUUUAAGCAGCAUAUUGCAAAACUCAAAGGUGAAUGUAAAGGAUGCACAAAGGUCCCUGCUGCAGUCAGCAGGGAAAUGAGAGAAUACAUAGCUGGAAAAAAGUUAGAGAGACAGAGAAAGCAAGACUCAUUGGACAAUACUAUAGAUAAUGGUAACCUGGACAUUGUUUUGAAAGAUGAUGGUGAUGACACAGGGAUGGAAGUCUGUGGACAGCAAGAUGCCGCUAUUUUUGAAGAUGAUGUUACGGUUAAAGCAGAGCAUGGGAAAGUGGUAAAAGGUGAUGAUGGGGCUUCAAAUUUAGUUGCAUUGCGUAAACGGCCAACAGUGGGUUCCUCUUCACGUCCAAUGCUGGCCGGACCAGUGUCUUCAGACACACCAGUUCAGAGGUCCUCGAGAAAACAGAAAACUCCUUCUGUAAAAGAUGCGAGGAAAAUGGUGUGCAAAGCCAUUGCAAAAUUUUUUUAUCAUGCUGCUAUUCCUUUCCACUCAGCAAAUAGUCCAUAUUUUCAGCCUAUGCUCGAUACAAUUGCACAAUAUGGGUCUGGAAUCAAACCUCCAUCUGCAUAUGAGAUUGGUGGGCCUCUUCUAGAUGAAGAGGUAGAUACUGUCAAGGGAUCCAUAUCAGAGCUCAAGUUGUCAUGGAAUACAGCAGGAUGUUCAAUUAUGGUGGAUAGUUGGACAGAUAAUAGUGGCAGAACACUGCUUAAUUUCCUUGCUCAUUGCUUCAAAGGCAUCAUGUUUGUGAGGUCGGUUGAUGCUUCCCACAUGAUAAAUGAUUCACAAUUGCUGUUUGAAUUGCUUAAUGACGUUGUUGAUGAGGUUGGAGAGAAAAAUGUUGUCCAGGUUAUAACUGAAAAUACUACUAAUUUUGCAGUUGCAGGGGAAAUGUUGAUGGAAAGAAGAAGAAACCUGUUCUGGACCCCAUGUGCUGCAAGUUGCAUAGAGCAGAUACUUACAGAAAUUUCAACCCUGAAAUCUGUCUCUGAUGCUUUAAAACAAGGAAAGAAAAUAACAAGAUUCAUUUACAACCAUGCUUGGGUGUUGAGUGUGAUGCGACGAUUUACGGAGGGUAGAGAGCUCAUUAGACCAGCUAUGACGAGAUCUUCUUCUAGUUAUUUGACAUUAGAGAGUAUAAAUGCAGCAAAAUCUGCUUUGGUUCAAAUGUUUGCUUCAGAAGAAUGGGGACGGUCAAGUUUUGCCAAGUUAAAAGAGGGGAAACAGGUCGAAAAAUUGGUCGCAGAUGCCAAGUUUUGGAGUAAAGUGGAAUAUGCAGUUUGCUGUACUUCGCCUCUUCUCAAAGUUCUUAGGCUCAUUAAUGCUGAUGACAAGCCUACGAUAGGCUAUAUAUAUGAUGCCAUUGACCGUGCAAAGCUUUCAAUAAGAGAUGCAAAUGGAGGCAGAUACUACAUGUCUAUAUGGAGAAUUAUUGAUGCUAAAUGGGCAACUCUGCUUCACCACCCUCUUCAUGUUGCAGGAUAUUAUUUGAACCCUGCAAUCCGCUAUGACCAAGAAUUCUCAAGGCAGCCGGAGAUUAUACGUGGUUUGCAGGUGUGCAUUCAGAGGUUGCAGCCUAAUCCAGACGCACAACUAGAGGCGAUGAAUCAGGCAGUCAGCAGUUACUCAAAAGCCCUGGGAGAUUUUGGAAGUGAUCUCGCUAUUAGAAGUAGGAAAAGGAUGGAUCCAGCAAUUUGGUGGGAAACCUACAGUAUGGACUGCCCUGAAUUGCGCGAUAUUUCCAUAAAAGUACUCAGCCAGAGCUGCUCAUCAUAUGGCUUUAGGAGGAACCAUAGCAUGCUUGACUUGAUCCACACUAAGAGGAGGAAUAGGCUGACUACUACAAAACUGGACAAAUUGGUCUACGUGCAUUAUAACUUGAGGUUGCAUGCAAGACAUACUGAUAGGGAUACCAAAUAUUAUAACCCCAUCAACUUAGAUUAUAUUUUCCAUGAAGAUCCAACUGAAGAGUGGCUAGUUGAACGAGAUCCUUCAGUUUUUCCAGAUGAGCAACCACAUGUACUCAACAUGGCUGAUAGAUCUGGGUCUGGUACACAGAUGGAUAUGAAUGAUGAGGAUGAAUACAUAUGUUCAGGUGAUGAUGAUGAGGAUGAUGAUGGUGAUAACAAUGUCGAUGGUGAAAACAAGAAAGACACCUAUGAGAUGCAACCUGCUGGUGACAUGGAUGAGGGAUAUUACCAGCCUCCAUAUGACUAUGAGUUGGGUGAUAUGAAUUUACCUCGCCAAUUGACAUGGUUUUGAUGAACUGUACUAUAUGUUGACUGUAAAACUAUGUAACUUAAGAUUGUAUUAUUGUGAUUAUUUGAUGUAUCAUUGAGAGAAACAUGCCACUUGAAAGGGAUGCCUUUGCGUUACAGUUUUGCUACA